AUUGGUGUUGGCUUAGCUCGAGCUGGAUACUCAAACAAUAAGAUGCCUGGAUGGGAACCAGUAAGUCACGCGUGGCAUGGUGACGAUGGCUGUACGUUUAACAGUUGUGGUACCGGAACUCCGCUCUCGUCGCCUUGGAGCGAGGGAGAUGUCAUUGGCUGUGGAAUAGAUUUCAAUCGCUCUUCUUUGUUCUUUACUCGCAAUGGAGUACUGCAAGGGCAACCGAUUCGUAUUGUUGAUACCAGUGGCCUUCACACAACUGUUGGUUUUCAGACGAAAGGCGAAUGUGUGUCAAUCAGUUUC